AUGAACCUCCUACAGAAAGGAAAUUAUAUCCUCCCGAAAUUAUUCGAUCCAGACAAAGUUUUCUUUCGCACCACUACUAUAGAGAAGAUCCUACCGCCCUGUGCUCCUGAGAACUCGGUCGAACUUUGUUUCUACUGUAUAGAAGGGCACGAAUGCGUCGAUCAUCCGAAUCGUCGUAAAAUGCGUAGCGGUAUUGACUGCUUCGCAGAUGACGACUUCAGGUUAGUAGACGAGCAUCACAUCAAAAAUCUCCACAAAAGUCCUGACGAAGAGGAAAUUGAUACAAAAGAAUGCAUUUUGGCAAAUGAUGAUAAAGAAGUAGAAGUCAAAAGGGAAGCAAGCAUUGAUUGUGGGCAUCAUCUAACAGUGGUGACAGCAACGAAAGGGAAGGCGAUGUCAAGUAGGAGACCAACAAAAUCGGGAGACCACUGUCAUCAAGAGGUCAUGACAGUCAGUGAGAUUCCUCGCAAAAGAUUCAGUCGAUUUCGCGAGAAGACCUUCGUCUGUGACGUAUGUGACGCAGCAUUCACACUAAAGCAGAAUGUGCAAUCACACCUGUUCAUCUAUCACAUGCAGAAAGAUGGCUCGUUGAAACAGCACACACGUCUAAUGUACAAGUGUGAUAAUUGUGAGAAGGUGAGCAUUGUUUUCAAUAGCCAACUCUUUCGGAACAUAAGGAAAGUCAAAUGUGGUUUGGAUCGACGAAUCUUAACCAAAAAUGGAGGAGCAGAAUGA